AUGGCCGCCAACUUGCAACAGAUGGCUGCGGCCGGCCAGCUGAUUCCGCAGCAGCAGCAGCAGCAGCAGGGACGGCCGAACCAAGCUCAACUGAGCAAUCUUGUCUACCGAAAUCUUAUGGCCAACACUCUCGCCCUUCAAGGUUGGCAAACGGCAGUCCAAAUUUCCGAGCCUAUGCCCUCAGCAGAGUGGCAGAGAGCCGCAUCUUUCGGACUUGAAUUCGAAAAAGACGCCUUCCACAACUCGCCCGACAAGUCCAACUAUGACCAGAAGAUGAAUGCGAAGAACGCCGAGAUGUUCAAGAAACGUCAAGCGAACGAGCAGAACCUCCACAGCACACUCAACGCACAAGCCGCCGCCGCUCAGGCAGCACAGCAGCAGCAACAGCAGAUGCUUCUCAAUCAGCAGAAUGCUGCGGCGCUCCAAGGCCAGAUGGGACGUGGCAUGGGGCAGCCCGGACAGCAGGGCUUCCAGCACCUUCAGCAUCCAAUGCAGGUUUCACAAAUUCCUCAGCAACCACCUCAGAUGGCCAUGAAUAUGGGCAAUCCAGGCGCACCCCAGAUGGGUCCAAAUCAGCCAGGAUUUCAGAUGCCCAUGAACGGCAUGCGUCAGCCUGGCGGCGGCAACAACCCUCCGGUAGAUCUCGCAAGUCUCUCCCCACAAGACAAGCAGAAGGUGGCCGAGUUCGCCAACAAGCUUGCCGCUACCACCCCAGAUGCCCAGAAGGCGAACAUGAGAGUUCUACUUCAAGGCAAACUGACUCCUCAGCAAGCUCACGAAUUCCGCACACAGAAUAGAGAUCCGUUGAUGUGGUACUUCCAGCAGCAGGCGUUCAUGCAUCUGAAGAACCAAGCCCAGAUGAUGCGCCAGCAGCAACAAGGUAUGCCUCCCAACCCGCAAGCCGCCAUGAUGCAGCAGCAGUCUCAGCAGAGGACCAUGAAUCCCAACAUGAUGAAUGCACUUAACCAAGCGGGUGGCAUGGCCGGGGGCAACCUUGGUCCUUUCAGCAACAUGGAGAGCAUCAUGAACGAGCAGAAGCAGGGUUACAUGGCACAAGAGGCCGGUCAAAUUGUUGUGCCAGCGAACAGUGGUGGACCAGGAGGAAGGGCAACACCUCAGCCGAUGGGAGGCAUGCCACAGAACAUGCCACCAAACCCGAAUCAGACUCCUCGCCAACCACAAAUGCAACAGCCCUUCAAUAUGCAACAAGCACAGAUGAAGAUGGAUCAAGCAGCAGCGCAGUCCCAAGCGCAGAUCAGAGCUCAAGCCGCCGCUAAGCAAUUACAGGGCCAGCCCGGUGGACUAGGAGGCCCAAUGCCAGCUUCUCAGAGUCCAGCCAUGAACACACUCAAUGCCCCUGUGAGACGUCCACCUGUCCCGAUGGGUCAAAUGGAUGGUCAGCAGAUGGGCCAACCCAACGCCCAGUUUGGAGGAAUGCUUGACCCUCGCUUCAACCAGCAAAGAGCACAAAUCUCCAUGGGAGGCAAUAUCAAUGCCAACAGCCCGGCUGUCAACGCCAUGCUUGCAGCCAUGCCUGUGGAGCAGCGACAGAAGUUCAGCGGUCUACCCCCAGAGAGACUGAACGAACUCAUGAACAAGUGGCAGGAGCAACAGCAGCAACGCGCGAUGCAAAUGAAUAACGCUGCCCAAGCAGUGAAGAACCAGCCCCAGAUGCCAGUACGCCCUGGCCAACCUCAACCGGGUCAGGGGCAGUUCAACCCCGCAAACCCCAACCCUCAAUUCCAAAUGGCAAACGGGAUGCAACAACCGAAUGCCAAUAUCCCACCCAACCUCCAACAAGCGUAUAUUCAGCAACAAAUUGCACGUGCUCGUAUGACCGGCGCCCCUGAUGCAGGACAAGCGGCAAUUAUCAUGGAUAGUAUGGACGUCCCGCCACAGAUUCUCACGCAGUUCAAUCAGCAGUUCGGAGGCAGCCUCCCUGCAGAAAUCAAGAAGUGGAAAGACUUCAAGACUUGGCUGGCUUCGAAUCCUGGUGUCCCCGACAACAUCAAACAUGGCUUGCUGAGGACACAGCAGAAUCAGUUCCGCCAGAUGAUGCAGAAGAGGAACAAUGCCACCCCUAAUGCUGGUAACCAGCCAGGGAUGAUACCUCCUAACCCUCAGCAAGCUCCUGGUCCCAUGGUGAACCAGCAGCCCAACAACAUGCCACCGAAUAUGCCGCAGAUUCCUCCGCACAUGUUGCAAGUAACCCCACAAGAUAUUCAGACUCUGCGUCAACAGCAUCCACGGCUGUCUCAGGCCUCAGACGACGCUAUUAGGAGAGUGGCACUGAAGAUCAAGACGGACCAGAUUAACAAAGCUAUGGCGGCGAAGCAGAAUGGCGGCGUACCAGUUCCACCACCUCAGCAGCAACCUGGUCAAAUGCCUCAGCCCGCCGUGACACAAGCACAGGUGGAAGCGGCCCAAGUGGUUCAGCCUGGACCUAACCAGCCUGCUAUGCAGAAGAUGCCUCCGAACAACGCGCCUCCAGCGGCACCAAAUGCCAAUGCUGCAGCUGCACGAAACAACAACCGUCAAGCUCAGCAAAAUCAGGCUGCGGCGCCUAACCCAUCGCCAGCUACCGCGCAGAAGAAUCUCAAACGUCCGAAUCCCGACGAAGCUGAUGGCCAGGCGCAGGCCAAUGCGGCGGCUCAGCGGCCAGCUUCUCAGCAGAAUCAAAGACCGGCUGGUCAAGGACAGCCGAUGCCAACUCCUGAGCAGCUUGCCAAGAUGACACCCGAGCAACGCCAAAAAUUCGAGCAGAUGAUGAAGGCCCGUCAAAUGGCUCCGGAGGACAUGAAUCGCCUCAAGGUGCUCGCCCAGGAAGAAUCUGCUACCUUCGGCAAGCAAAGCUAUUCGGACAUUGCGAUGCAGCCUGCAGAGAAGCAAGAGGUUUCGGCUAAGAUCACGAGAAUCGCUGCUGAUAUGGCCAAGCUGGGUAGGGCCAUUGGCAAGUGGUACGCGAUUGCAAGAGACGAAAAUCGGACGAGACUGUUCUUCAGACAUCGUCUCCGGCUUCUAGCACAGUUCCAAGAUGGCGAGAAGAUGCAGGCCCUGAAGGAUACUUUUAGUAUCAGUUCCAGAGAGCUAGAUCAGAUUCGAGGUGUAUUAGAGACAAUGACCAAGGAUCUGGCUGCCUUUUAUGGAAAGCCAAUGGGUCGACCGAAUCAAGCUGGUGCCCCUGGACAGGCCCAAGCUCCCGCACAGCAGGGUCAACCACCUGCGCCGCAACCCCAGCAAACUGGAGCACAGGCGAACAAGAUGCACCAGAGAUCGAACAGCAAGAGCGGACAAGCUCCAGCGGCGCCUACCUCGGCCCAGCCUCCCUUCGCGUUUGGUGCCUCCUCGCCUCAUGGGCAACCUUCGUAUGUUGGGAAGCCGACCGUCACUCAAGAAAACCUGCAGUUGCCCCCAACGAAGAAGGCCAGAAAGAAUGGCCCGCAGGCCAAUGCGUCUCCAUCAGUCUCAGCUGCGACAGCGUCUCCCCAUGUUAAGCCCCCUUCACCAGAGGCCAAGCGGCAGCAGGUACCACCGCCUCCCAAGCCGUUGUUCGUCUGUCCCGAACCCGACUGUGAUAGCCACAAUACUGGUUUUGCUACCGAGGAAGCAAGGCAGGCGCAUAUCGAUCAGGAACAUAUCAAGCCGUACCAAGAGCCGUUCAAGUUCUUUGAGGAGAAUCUGGCUGUCAGCCUAGGACUGGACUCUGAAGGUCACAUCAAGACCCCUCCCAAGUCAUCUGGGCAGGAUGGCUCUCAGCAGCUAUUCGCCCCAUCGAUGACCACCACUUUGUCGAAGCAGGGCCAGACUCCCAUGAUCAAACCGGAUCUUGCUGCAACCCCCAUGUCGAGAGCUGCGUCUAUGAAUCGUCAGCCCAGUGCUACCAAGGCUAAUGAGAUUGCUAAGAGCACUCCUGGCAAGGCGGUUGGCAAGAUUGAGAACACACCAAAGAUUGUGGAAGUGCCCCAAGUACAGCUCUUGGACGAUCCGUGGGCAGGCUCUACAAUUGACCCGCAGAACCUCUUCGCGCAGUUCAACUUUGAUCCUGCUGCUGGUGGUGUGAUAUCUGAUCUGAGCCUAUAUCGAUCUGUUACUCCCAAUGACACCCCCGAGUCGAGCAAGGACAGUGGUGUUUCUGAGCCCAACAGCGAUAUAUCGGAAGGUGCAGCUCUCGAGAUCGACAUGAAUUACCAGUUCGGCGAGACUGGACUUCUCCUGGACAUGGACAGCUUCAAUAUCGAAGGCAGCAUUGACCCAGAGGCGCUCAUGAUGAACGACCCGUCGUUCUCGAAUGUGCCGCCGUUGGACUACACGAUGGACUUUGACAAGCCAUUCUCGCUUGAUAUGUCACUCUACUCCAUGGAUACAACUUGA